AUAUGAACCAGCCAGAUAUUUACUCCAGAAACAACACUGGUCAAAUGACCGUAACAUCUCAGCUCCUCGAUAGAUACUUGGAUUCAAAAACUUGGAUUCAUGGAGGGGCUAUCCUAGAAAUAGGAACAGGCGAUGGACAAUAUACUGUUGAAAAAUUCCAACCACAAUUGCCAGAUAAUAUACGGAGAUAUGUCGCUUCCGAUACAUCUGAAGAAAUGAUAGAUUUUGCCAAGAAAAAAUACAGCAAAAAGUAUCCCAAAAUUGAGUUCAUAGUGUUGAACUGUCAAACAGAUGACAUACCGGCUGGUUUGAUAGGACAAUUCGAUCACGUUGUUUCAUUUAACGUUUUUCAUUGGUUCACAAAUACCAGAAAGGCUAUCAAAAAUAUAUUCAGCAUGCUGAAACCUGGAGGAGAACUGAUUGCCACAUUUUGUAUUGUACAUCCACUUCAUGACAUAUACACCAACUUAUCGAAACAUCACAAAUGGGGAGUUUACUGCCACCAAAUUUGCGAUUCCAGAAUUGCUUUGUCCAACCAUCCCCUACAGAUGUGGGAGACAAUUUUCACAGAAGCGGGAUUCGUGAAUGAAGUAAAAUUUUGUGAUCUUGAAAUAAAUUGGCAUUGCACCGAUUUCGAAGGUUUUUUUCAAGCUCUAGAUUCGGUGUACUCGAAGAUUCCAGACAAGGAUAAAAAAGCCUACCUCAAUGAUUAUUUUGAAGAGGUUGAAAGAGGAAAAGCCUUCACUAUUACCAGAGACGAGAAAACUGGAAAGAGAGAAGGAAUAUUUAGAAGCGAUAUAGUGUUUGUGCAAACAUCAAAGCCAUCAGAGAGAGUCUUGUGAUCUACGAGUUCGUCGAGUGAAAGUAUAGGUUCUGAAAUAAAGUUAACAGGAUUCAUUAUCUCUAAUAUGUUUCUAUUUAUUUUUAGUAUCCGAGGCUGCAUCAGUCAGUAUUUUGUUGUAUCAAAAUAAUAAAUGAAAAAUA